AUUGGCUUGGAUGGCCGCAAUGGAAAGGUUUUAAAGAGACGGAACUAUCUUUCAGAUCUGGGGUUUCUCAGUAAGAUACCGACGAGAAAUAUAAGAGAAUAUAUCCCACUCCGUAUAUUUGGCGCUUUGAUUCUGUCUCCUGGGUAGUAUCUCUCGCCCAACAUGGGCAAAAAAGAUAAAAAGUCCGCGGAGAAGAAAGCACGGGUCGCCGCGAAGCAGUCCAAGAAGGCCGCACAGAAAGAGAAGAAGAACAAGACAAAGGGCCGCGGAGACGAUAGUGAUGCUGAAGAUGUCGAUCUUGACGCUGUCCUUGCAGCCUAUGCUGAGGAGCAGGCGAAAUUUCUCAAGGUCACUGAAGUGGUCUCAGGCCCGCCCUCCCCACGUUCUUCCUGCACAUUGAUCGCUUCCCCCGCAAAUCGAAACGAACUGAUGCUAUUUGGAGGCGAAUAUUUCGAUGGAGCCCUAGCCAAUUUCUACAACAACCUCUUUGUUUAUCUGAUAGACAGGGGUGAAUGGAGAGAGGUGACCAGUCCAAACAGCCCACUGCCCCGUAGUGGGCAUGCAUGGUGCCGUGGUGGAAAUGCUGGUGGCAUAUACUUGUUUGGAGGAGAAUUCUCCUCUCCUAAACAGGGUACUUUCUAUCAUUACAAUGACUUUUGGAAUCUGGAUCCCGCCACAAGGGAGUGGACUAGAGUUGAGACUAAAGGAAAAGGCCCUCCUGCCAGAAGUGGCCAUCGAAUGACUUACUUCAAGAACUAUAUAAUUCUGUUUGGCGGUUUCCAGGAUACGUCGCAGCAGACAAAAUAUCUGCAAGAUCUAUGGCUCUAUGACACACAAAAGUUCACCUGGUAUAACCCAACAUUGCCACCGGCAUCUCAGAAGCCGGACCCUCGAUCCUCGUUCUCCUUUUUGCCCCAUGAAUCUGGAGCUGUGCUGUACGGCGGGUAUUCUCGUGUGAAAGCCACGACGUCUGUCGGCGGAAAGCAAGGGAAAGGCGGGCCUCAGAGAAUGACCUUGAAGCCUAUGGUGCACCAGGAUACUUGGCUUCUUCGAAUCACACCUCCUGCGGCUGAUGCGCCUGCCACAGCUGGUCCAACCGUGCGUUGGGAACGGAGAAAAAAGCCGGCCAACCCACCAAACCCACCCCGUGCCGGUGCAACAAUGGCUUACCACAAAGGUCGCGGAAUCAUGUUUGGUGGUGUUCAUGAUGUCGAACUUAGUGAGGAAGGAAUUGACAGUGAAUUCUUCGACACUCUCUUAGCAUGGAAUACGGACAGAAACCGUUUCUUCCCGAUGGCCUUGCGACGUCCAAGGGCCCCUGGCAAGAAACAGCCUGUGGCCAAGUCUAGGAAUCGUGGUAAGGAGGAUGAGGAAGAAUUGCUGCGGAACCUAGCAGCUCUCGAAGCUAAGGGAACGAUGCGGAGGGAGGAGCUUGAUGAGAUCGAUGUUGCUGUUCCAAAGAGUGAAGAGCCAGCCGAGCCUGAAAAAGAGGCUAUCGUGCGUUUCGAAAUGCCACACCCAAGAUUCAACGCCCAGCUGGCCGUUCAAGACGAUACGCUGUUCAUCUUUGGCGGGACGUACGAGAGGGGUGAUCAGGAAUUCGCGUUCAAUGACAUGUAUUCCAUUGAUCUAGUUAAGCUUGACGGUGUCAAGGAAAUAUUCUUCAAGGAGCCCGAUAACUGGAACGCCAAGGACGUAGAGGAGAGCGAAGACGAGGAAGACGAGGACGAAGACGAUGAGGAUGAGGAAGAGGGUGAAGAGGAUGAAGAUGUCGCAUCUGCAGACGGCGCUUCCACAGCCCCAACUGAAGUUACCGUUCCCUCGGUAACUCGUGAAGUGGAACAACUCGAGAUUGAGGAGCAGGAAACAGAGCCGGCUGUCAAGGAUUCGCGUCCCCAACCACGACCGUUCGAGAGCUUGAGGGAGUUCUUCUCUCGGACUUCCGAGGAGUGGCAGAAGAUCAUCAUGGACAAGUUACAGGAGAGAAAUGGUACAGUUGACAAGUCAGUCAAGGAGCUCCGCAAAGAGGCGUUUGAUCUUGCGGAAGAGAAGUGGUGGGAUAGCAGAGAGGAAGUCAUGGCGUUGGAAGAUGAACAGGAAGCAGCUGGUAUUGGUGAAGUUGUUAGCAUCGCUGAUAGGGGCGAUAAUGUUGGUGGUGCAGGUCGUCGGAGAUGACCCUGAAAGUUAUGAUGCAUCUUCUAAAGUACAUAAAUCUGCAUGAUAUC